AUGGAGACGGACAACGAAAGGAAUGACCCGCCGUUUCGUCAGUUUUUCGUCUUUCGUUCCUUCGUCGAGAAAAAUCUACAGAGAGAGCUUGUGAAUGAGGCGUUGAAAUGUCAUGCGCGGAAUUCCGACGACGGCGCGCUGCACCAAAAAGUGGAGGCUUCUUUUUCUGAAUCAAAUGCUUCUGAGAAGCUCAAUCUCGGCAUAUCGUGUGGGGGCGACCUCUCAUGGAAUUUGCCAAAAGCAGCCACCGUCGCGCGGAAGGCGCUUGGGUGCACUAGACACAGCACAACAAACAAAUAUCUUAGCAAGAUUUGCGAAGAGUCCACUCCUUUGACAGGAAUUGCUCUUUUAUAUGGACAAAACGCAUCGAUGCCGGCGCACUAUGAUUCUCCAACUCAGCCAGGCCAACGGGAAGAGUGGUUGGUCAUGAUAACGCUUGGACUGACGGUUGAAUUUAGGUGUAAUACGGAGACUCUCAUGCUGAAAUCGGGUGAUGUUAUUGUAAUGGAUAGCAUGGCCGUCCUUCAUGGCGUAGUUCGCAUUGAACCUGGCAGCAAUGCUUGUGAACAAUUAGGAUUACCGGUUCAAUCUCGGUUGGGCAUUCUCUUCUGGCAUGGCCGCGAGCAAGCUUGCGCGACGGGCUCGCCAGGUAGAGCGAACGUCGAAGGAAUCGAUAGUCUCUUUUUUGAAGUUGAUCAAAACGACUGA